AUGGAAGAGAAGCCGGCGACGACCAUCCUCAGUGAGCUCUAUGCCGCCGGAUCUGAGCUCUAUGCCAUCAGAUCUGAGAUCUCUUCCACCAGAUCUGAAAUGGGUUGCUUCCGGGAGAUGAUGGACAAGCACAGGACUCCUCUAGAACUCACCGGAGACAAUUAUGCCUACUGGAAAGCCCGCACCCAAAUGCAUCUUAGGGCUCAAGGUGUUUGGAAGACAGUACUGUCCGGAUGGGAUCAUCCUACCAAAGCCGGUGAACAAGAAGGAGAUCCACCAGUAAUAAAACCUGAAGUUGAAUGGACUAUGGCAGAAACAACUACCGCAAGCUAUAAUGCAAAAGCUCUUGAUAUAAUUUUUUCUUUAAUUCACGAAAGGCAAUUUAAUUUGAUUACAGGUUAUGCCACUGCCAAAGAAGCUUGGGAAAUUCUAGAAACAACGUAUGAAGGCACUACUUCUGUCAAACAAUCCAAACUUCAGCUGGUUCAAAGUGACUUCGAAGACUUGCGAAUGAAUGAAGAUGAAAAUAUUGUUAGCUUCAAUGAAAGAGUUCAAGAAAUAGCCAGUCGUGCAGUCACUCUAGGUGAACCAUUUUCACAACAAAAGUUAAUCAAAAAGGUGUUACGUUCUCUUCCACCUCGGUUCAGAAUGAAGGUAACUGCCAUACAGGAACACUCCGGGUGGGAAAAAAAAACCUUGGCUGAACUAAUGGGUAAUCUCAGAACCUAUGAAAUGGAAAUACUGACUGGCCAUUCUAGAAAACAAAAGAAUGUUGCUUUUACAGUUGACGAACAGGUACCUGAAACAGAUCUAGACGAUAUUGAGGAUGAUAAUCCAGUAUUUUUAUUAACCAAACAUUUCAAUAAGAUCUUGAAACAGGUCAAACAGAAGAAAAGCUUCCGCGGCAAUAACUCUCAAAACUUCAAAAGAUCAAACACAUCAAAACCCAACUCCAUGUCAAAUGGAUCGAAUUACAAACCAACAGGAUCUCGUACAACACAGCCGUCUGUAACACGUACAACUCAAUCUAGAGAAAAAACAGGUGGCAAUGGCAUUAGGUGCUACGAGUGUGAAGGUUUUGGACAUGUUCAGGCUGAAUGCGCCACUUACCUUCGAAGGAAAAAAUCAAUGGCAGCACUAACAUGGAGUGAUGAUGAAGCUGACCCAGAAGUUGAAGCUGAUCCAGAAGAGAUAACCGGCAACUUUGUAGCGUUCACAGCCAGGAUUGAAGCUGAUCCAGAAGUUGAAGAUGAAGAUAUAGCUGAUUCAGAAGGCUGUGACUACAACUCUGCAGAAGAUCUUGAUAUUCCUCCUUUUUCUUAUGAAGUAGAGUAUAAAAAAUUGUAUCCCAAGUGGGAAUGUUUGCUUAAAGCUAAUUGUUCUUUGUGUAGUCAGAUAGGGAUAUUAGAAAACGGCAGCAAAGUGUACAAAAAUAAAGUAUGUGAAAGAGAUCUUCUACUCGAAGCUGCUUCUGUACAAGAAGCUAAGCUGAAAAAGGAAGUGAUCAAGCUUACGCAGGAAUUGACUACACUCAAGAAACAGAUCCAGAUGAUGGAUACUACAUCAACCCUUGAUGAAAUUCUGGACACAGGCCGACAAUCAACUACAAAGUUUGGCCUUGGCUUCACAGGGGACAAACACAAUGGUCAAACUAUAUUUGUCAAAGCUGCUGGACCAGAUCCAAAGGAUGUGCCAGAAUCCAGUGCAGCAAGGCAAAUGGAUUCAGCAAGGCAUCGUCGCAAUAUGGUCCUGAAGUAUAAACGUUUUUCUAAACCUUAUAACCCUAUUUGUCAUUAUUGCAGGGUUCGAAGGCACACCAGACCAGAGUGUUACUAUUUCUACAAAGAUCAGAAUGUCGAAAAGUACAAACAGAAAUUUAUCACUCCGUUCACCAAACAAGUCUGGGUGAGGAAGUCUAAUUACAUCUGUCAUGUAUCCCUCCUAACAAAAUCCUCAGGAAGAGAAGAAAGGUGGUAUUUUGACAGUGGUUGUUCUCGCCAUAUGACUGGAAACAUUAACUUUCUGAACGACAUCAAAGAAAGCAAAGGUGAAGUAACGUUUGGUGAUGGUGUUAAGGGAAAAAUCACUGGAGUUGGCACGCUAAAUGUUACAGGAUUACCUAAGCUAAAAAAGGUUCUUCUUGUCAACGGGUUACAUGCAAAUCUCAUCAGCAUAAGUCAACUCUGCGAUCAAAACUGGAAUGUCAACUUUACAAAAGACAGCUGCAACGUUCUAGAAAGUCAAAGACAGUGCAUUAUGGAAGGUAAGCGCUCCUCUAACAAUUGCUAUAUUCUAACUAGUGAUGUUAUGUGCUGCAGGUCCAGUAUGGAUGAAGCUGAACUAUGGCAUCAAAAGUUAGGACACCUGAACUAUCGCUCCUUGGACAAGUUAGUCAAAACACAAGUUGUGAUUGGUCUGCCGAAUCUAAAAUCUGACAAAGAAGGUAUCUGCGGUGCAUGUCAAGCCGGAAAACAAACGAGAACAUCUCAUCCAGCUAUAAAAGAAAUCAACACCAAACAUUGCCUGGAGCUGAUGCACAUGGAUCUCAUGGGACCCACACAAACUGAAAGUAUUGGAGGUAAGAGGUACAUCCUAGUUUGUGUAGAUGAUUACUCACGAUUCUCUUGGGUAACUUUUCUCUGGGAAAAAUCAGAAACCUUUGAAGCUUUCAAAGCACUAGCUCUCAAACUUCAGAAAACCAAAAAUGAACCAAUCGUCAGAAUCCGGACUGAUCAUGAACGUGAAUUCGACAAUAGUUCUUUUGAUGAUUUCUACAACAAAUAUGGUAUUACUCAUGAAUAUUCAGCACCGAAGACACCUCAACAAAAUGGAGUGGUGGAACGGAAAAAUCGAAUAAUCCAAGAGAUGGGAAGAGUCCUACUGAAUGUGAAAUCCAUACCAAAGAAAUUUUGGGCUGAAGCAGUCCAUACCUCGUGCCACACCAUAAAUAGAGUAUAUCUUCGUCCUGGCACAAACAUAACUCCAUAUGAAAUUUGGAAAGGUAAGAAACCCAAUCUCAAAUAUUUUUACAUAUUUGGUUCACGGUGUUUCAUUUUGAAGGACAGGACUCCCACGGCAAAGUUUGAACCAAAAAGCGACGAGGGUAUAUUUUUAGGCUAUUCAUACAAUAGCCGUGCUUAUCGGGUGUACAACAAAGUAACAAAAGCGGUUAUGGAAUCAACAAAUGUCGUGGUAGAUGAUCAACUAGAAGAUAUCUUUGAAAUACCCCGAUCUCAACUGGACUACUCCACAAAUAAUCUAGAAUCUCCUGAACUUACUCCAGCAACUCCCACAGAUAACUCAACUUCUACAAGUAAUCCAGAAUCUACACCAAACACUCCAGAUUCCUUACCAAGUGGACCAGAAUCUCCAGAAGCAACGUUAGAACCCUCUACACCAAAUCCAGGUACAAAAUGGAUAUUUCGGAACAAGACAGAUUCAGCAGGUAACAUCGCACGCAAUAAGGCUAAACUAGUAGCUCAAGGUUAUUCUCAAAUAGAAGGAAUCGACUACGAUGAAACUUUUGCUCCAAUUGCUCGCCUUGAAUCCAUCAGAUUCCUGCUUUCGAUCGCAUGUGCUUUACGAAUAAAACUACUCCAAAUGGACGUAAAAGCAGCCUUUUUGAACGGAUAUCUUAAUGAAGACAUAUACGUAGCCCAACCGAAAGGAUUUGAAGAUCCACAAUACCCAGAUCACGUGUACAAGCUGGAAAAGGCUCUAUAUGGUCUAAAGCAAGCCCCACGAGCCUGGUAUGAACGUCUUACCCAAUAUCUUCUACAGCACGGAUACGAGCGAGGGGGAGUAGACAAAACUCUAUUCAUCAAGAGGUCAGGUAAGCAUAUUACUAUAGCACAGGUUUAUGUUGAUGACAUUGUGUUUGGUUCAACUCAGACAGGUGCCACAGAUGAAUUAAUCAAAGUCAUGCAACAAGAGUUUGAAAUGAGCAUGAUUGGAGAACUUAUAUAUUUUUUGGGGCUCCAGGUAAAACAAACAGGUGAAGGUAUUUUUAUCUCUCAAGAAAAAUAUGCAAAGAAUUUACUAACAAAAUUUGGUUUAGAAUCUGCUAAAGAUGCCAGGACUCCUAUCUCAACUACAACAAAAUUAUAUAAAGAUGAAACAGGUGUCUUAGUUGAUCCAACUCUCUACAGAAGUAUGAUCGGCAGUCUUCUCUACCUAACUGCAAGUAGACCAGAUAUCAUGCAAAGUGUUGGGAUGUGCGCCAGAUUUCAAGCAGAUCCGAAAGAAUCACACAUCAAAGCUGUGAAACGUAUCAUUAAAUAUGUCAAAGGUACAAUUAACUAUGGAAUAUGGUAUUCUAACGAUACAAGUCUAAGUCUUGCAGGCUACAGUGAUGCUGAUUGGGCCGGAAAUGCUAUUGACCGAAAGAGUACUUCCGGUGGCUGCUUCUUUAUUGGAAAAAAUUUGGUCGCCUGGCUCAGUAAAAAGCAGAAUUCGAUAUCGCUCAGCACUGUAGAAGCUGAAUACAUAGCAGCCGGAAGCUACUGUACUAAAUUGUUAUGGAUGCGACAGAUGCUCACAGACUAUGGUCUAAAUCAGGAUAUUAUGACUUUAUAUUGCGACAACACAAGUGCCAUAAACAUCUCCAAAAAUCCUGUUCAGCACUCCCGGACGAAACAUAUAGACAUUCGUCAUCACUUUAUACGAGAACUUGUAGAGGACAAGGAAAUUGAACUGAACUACGUUUCGACCGACAAGAAUUUAGCAGGCUUAUUCACCAAGCCCUUGGACAAAUCACGAUUCAAAAUCUUACGGGCAGCUUUGGGCCUACUUGUGUCUUGUUCUGUGCUUCUCGUCUCUAUUCCUCUUGUGCAGGUUCAUGUGGCAAAAUUGAGUAUUCUCUACUUUGACAAUCGGUUUUUCUCUUUGGAUAUUUGGAAUUCCUGGAUAAUCUAUAAAUAUGUCUAUUCGUAUGGCUAUCUUGAGUUGUUUUGGGCAUUAUUUUUGGAUGAGAUAUGGAUAUGUCUGGCCUAUGGUUUGCUUGGAAGAAUUAUUAAAGCUAUUAUUGAUCAUGAUGCUGAAGAUAGAUUAUUUGGUGUUUUGGAUAUGCUCGUCAUGCUGAAAUUCUUGCGUCUCAAGGUGUUUCUACCUCUGAUUCAGAUCCUGAUGAAGACUCCUCUGAAUUCGGAUCUCCGGCAGCCCAUUAGAUGUUUUGCCCUUUGUCACUUAUUUGCCAAAACAGGGGGAGAAAUGAUUGCUAAACGUUGGGGGAAUGUCAAAAAUGCCUUUUUGCAUGGUGAUUUGGUUGAGGAAGUUUACAUGGAGCAACCUCCUGGGUUUGUUGCUCAGGGGGAGUCUGGGAAGGUGUGUAAAUUGAAGAAAUCUCUAUAUGGCUUGAAGCAAUCUCCACGUGCUUGGUUUGGGAGGUUUAGUAAUGUGAUUUCUGAGUUUGGCAUGCAAAGGAGUAUGUGUGAUCACACUGUCUUUUUUAAGCAUACUAAUGUUGGGUGCAUUCUCUUAGUUAUUUAUGUUGAUGAUAUAGUGAUCACAGGUAGUGACGCAGGAGGAAUUGAAACUCUUAAAUCUUUCCUCAAGGAAAAGUUUCACACGAAAGAUUUGGGAGUGUUGAAGUAUUUUCUAGGGAUUGAAGUUGCUCGUUCUCAAAAAGGAAUAUUUCUGUCCCAAAGGAAGUAUGUGCUGGAUUUGCUUAAAGAUACUGGGUUGAUGGGGUCAAAACCAUACGAGACACCUAUGGAACAAGGUAUUAGACUUAUAGACGGUGAGGGAGAAACCCUUGAUUCCCCUGAGAGAUAUAGGAGGUUGGUGGGAAAAUUGAACUAUCUCACCAUUACACGCCCGGAUAUUGCUUUCCCGGUAAGUGUGGUAAGUCAGUUCAUGCAAGCACCUACCCAAACUCAUUGGGAGGCAGCAGUUCGAAUUGUAAAAUAUCUCAAGAAUGCGCCAGGCAAAGGUAUUCUAUAUGCUAAUCAUGGACACAUGAGUGUUGAGGCUUUUUCUGAUGCAGAUUGGGCAGGUUCUUUGAAUGACAGGAGAUCUACGACAGGAUAUUGUGUGUUUGUAGGAGGUAAUUUGGUCUCCUGGAAG